GUUUCAUCCGGUGUUGCGCCAUUCGCGCGUUAUAACGCGUCGACGCGUGAACGUGAUCAGAGGUAAGUACCACAGAAACCGUGAGAAUUCAGAACUCAAACUUCAUUUUUCGGCUCUAAGAUUGGGUGAGAUGGCCGGGGCGAGCCUGAGGAAAGAGCGAGUUCUACACCCUCCGUAUCAGUCUCCCCAUCUCGAUGUCGGGCACGCUGACCGUAUAAGAAUCUCUCUAACCGUCUUACUGCUUCUUGAAACCUCCCCGCCAUGGCCUCCGCCUUCGACAACCUCUCGAGCGCCCUCUCCUCCGCUCUGGAGUCCGGCGAGCUCCCUGCCGUGUUGCCCACGCUCGAUCGCCUCGGUGCCUCGCUUCAAGCCGAUCUUGAUGCCCAGAAGAUUGCCGCGGAGUGGUUUGCGAAGUUCGCUGGGGCUGUCUCUGCGAAGGACACCGGUAAGAUCGUCUACCUCUUUCUCGAAGAUGGCUGGUGGCGCGAUCAUCUCGCUCUCACCUGGGAGUUCCGCACCUUCCAUGGCACCGCGAAGAUCAAGGGGUUCCUCAGCGACCAGCUCGCGCCGUUCGACAUCUCAAAUGUCAAGCUGCGUGAUGGUGCCGUGCUGAAGCAGCCGUACCCCGACCUCGCAUGGAUCCAGUUCCUGUUCGACUUUGAGACGAACGUCGGGAUCGGGAGCGGGGUAGUGAGGCUGGUGCCGACUGCGAGCGGGGAGUGGAAAGCGUUCACGCUGUACACGACGCUGGAGGACCUCAAGGGCUUCCCCGAGAAGAUCGGACCCAACCGUGAGUGGCUGCCGAAUCACGGGAAGUGGCUCAACCAGCGCGAGGAGGAGCGCUCCUUCUCAAAGGGCGAUCCGGCUGUGAUUGUCGUUGGAGGAGGACAGAGCGGCCUCGACAUCGCGGCGCGCCUGAAGAUGCUGGGCGUGCCGACGCUUGUGCUCGAGAAGCAGAAGCGCAUUGGUGACCAGUGGAGGGGCCGCUACGAGGCACUGUGCUUGCACGAUCCUGUCUGGUACGAUCAUAUGCCGUACUUGCCUUUCCCGCCUACAUGGCCUGUGUACACGCCUGCACAGAAGUUGGCCAACUGGCUCGAGUACUACGCAGAAGCGAUGGAGCUGAACGUCUGGACGAACUCCUCGGUAGAGAAUGUGAGGCUUCUGGACAACGGCAAGUACGAGGUCGUUGUAAAGAAACCCGACGGCACACUGCGCACGUUCAUCGUCGACCAUGUUGUCAUGGCCCUCGGCCUCGGCGGCGGUGUGCCCAAGGUGCCCUCGAUUCCGGGAGAGGAGGAGUUCCAAGGACAGACCCUGCACUCGACACAGCACAAGUCUGCCAAGGAUCACCUUGGAAAGAAGGUCGUGAUCAUCGGUGCCUGCACAUCAGCACACGAUAUCGCGGCCGACUACGUUGAGCACGGCGUCGACGUGACGAUCUUCCAGCGAAGCAAGACGUACGUCAUGACGACGAAGAACGGUGGGCCACUCCUGUUCAAGGACCUGUUUUGGGAGGGUGCCGGGCCAACUGACGUCAGCGACCGCGUACACACCUCCAUGCCCGCGUUCAUCACCAGGGAGUUAGGCAAGCGGAUCACCAAGGAUACUGCUGAGGCAGACAGAGAGUUGCUGAACGGUCUGGAGAAGGUCGGCUUCAAGCUGGGCUGGGGGCCCGAGGACGCUGGCUUCUUCCACAGCUCCUCGACGCGCGGAGGGGGGUACUACCUCGACGUGGGCACGAGCAAGCUGAUCAUCGACGGCAAGAUCAAGCUCAAGAACGACAGCCAGAUAGAGCGCUUCACCAAGACCGGCCUCCGGUUCGAGGACGGCAGCGAGCUCGAAGCUGACGUCGUCGUGUACGCUACGGGCUUCGAGGGCGCGACGAUAUCCAUGAAGCGUCUGCUCGGUGACGAGCUGGCAAGUCGGGUCUCGCAGAUCUGGAACCUGAAUGAGGAGGGCGAGCAGAACGGCGCCUGGCGAUGGCUCGGCGUCCCCAACCUCUGGUUCAUGAUGGGUAACCUUGCUAUGUGCCGGUACCACUCUAAGCAUCUCGCGCUCCAAAUCAAAGCGAUCCAAGAAGGCGUGUACGGAAAGCGUUACGCUCCAUGAUACGAGUAUUCCUUAGGGUACAAAGGAGGGGCUGGGCCAGUUAGAAGCACAAUAUCGAUGUAUGAUCAAUAUGCUUAAGAACAUGCGAUGUAAGGAGCAGCAAGGUAUAGGAUAAUGAAACCCGUUGUUUGUCGCCCGUC